UUGACCGCCGAAGAUUAUCGAAUCUAAUCUAUGCGUUGUACUUGUACUUUCUUACUUCUCUCUCUCAAUAAUUACAAAGUAACCCUUGUACUCCCCUUCUUCCAUGGAGGCCACCGCUUCGCCUCCUUCCCAAGCCCUCCAAUCGACCUCCAUUGUAGACUUAGUUCCGGAUCCGGUGGUACAAGACCCUCUUCCUCAUCCUUUAUCUACUGGGUCCACCGCCGACGAUGACUCAAAGCCCAUUAACAGCGAUGAAAAGGCCAAGAAGCCGAGAAAGAAGGCCAAGAAGAGAAGGAUAUCCAGAGAUGGCCCUGAUUUGUGGCCGUCUUCUUCAUCUUCUUGUUCUUCCUCACCCUCUUCUUCCUUGCACCCCACGCGUGUGGUGCUCAGACGCCGAAGACCUAGGGCCCUGCUCGCUGCGCCGCGGCGCAUCGAGGGCAAUGUAGACUCGAUUGCCCUUCCUCUCGGAAUGUCGGUCGCAGCUGUCGUUUCUCUGGUUCUGGAAACGAAAGAUGCGGCUGGUGGAAGGAUGUCUGCCGAUCAUCUUUCAAUGAUCUGCAUUUCGGCUGUCAGAGAAUCUUUAGUUAAUCAGGUCUUUGGUGAAAAUUUUGAUUAUUUUAUGCGGAAUUUUGAAAAGUCAUUUGGAAGCACCUUGAGAACUCUUAGGUUGAUCAAUGAGUUGAACACAGAAAAGGGAGGACACCAUUUCUGCAACAUGAAAGUCGAAGGUUCUGCUUCACCUAUGAGUCUCAACAAUGGAGGAUGCACGGGCAAUUGUGGUGGAGAAGAUUUUCAGUCAGAAGCAGUCUUGCAAACUUUUGCAACUCAGGAUCUAUUAAAUACCAUCGAAGAGGUGAGAGAGAAUAUGCUAACUGAUUCCAAUAAUCGGGUGCUUACGCUCCGUGGGCAAACAAACCAAGUGGCCUGUGUCUUGCCAAACUCACCUGGUCCUGUUAUAGGGCAGUCCAUGGUUAGCACUAUUCAGAAAUCUGUCAUAGAGCAAACCCGUUCUAAUGACCUUAAGAGUUUCGAACUUGGUCUUACAAUGAGAAAAUUGAAGUUGAAAGAGACACAGCUGGCUCUCAACUUUGAUUCAAAUAAUCUAGAGAGGUCUAAAUUGGAAAUGGGAGCGUCGAAGGCAUCCUUUAAAGAAGAAAAAUUCAAGAGCCAAUUAGAAGACAUGAGACACACUGAGCUGCUCAGAAAGUGUGUAGACUGUCUUGUUGCUGGUCUGCUUGUCAUGUCAGCUUCUCUGUUAUAUGGUGCUUAUGUAUUUUCAUACAGGAGGAUUACUGAAGCUACUGAAUCUUGCACAACUUCACCUAAGGAGUACAAGUCAUGGUGGAUCCCAAAGCCAAUGGCAUCUUUCAAUUCAGGGCUUCACGUUCUUAGGUGCCAGGUUCAAGUUGUGAGUCGAAUGCUGUUUGGUGUCUUAAUGAUUGUCGCAAUUGCUUGUUUGCUUCUCCAACGUUCAGCAAGUACAAAACAGAUAAUGCCAAUUACUUUCAUGCUUUUGCUGUUAGGAGUUGCCUGUGGUUUUGCAGGCAAGCUUUGUGUAGACACUCUAGGAGGGAGUGGAUACCAUUGGCUCCUAAACUGGGAGAUUCUGUGCGUGCUGCAUUUCAUUUCUAAUGUCUAUACACCAUUUUUGUUCCUUGUCCUCCACGGAUCUGUCAAUGUGUCUCAAGGGACCAAAGGCAAGGCAAUAUUUCCAUACUGGAUCCGCCGAGUUAUGUUCUAUGCUGUCAUGUUCCUGUUUCUGCCACUAUUCUGUGGUCUUGUGCCUUUUGCAAGCCUUGGUGAAUGGAAAGAUCACUUUUUACUGCUGGUCACUGAUUAUCUAUUUACUGAUGAGUGAUCGAAGCUGUAGCUCGGAUCACCAAUAAGAGCUUUUACUAUGGAUCAAUGUUACUUGUUGGACGUUGGGCAGCUUAACUUACUUGUCUACUGUGUACUGAUAAAAAAGAAAGAAAGAAAAACCCCUUAUUAGUCUACCGAGUGAAAUAUAAGCUGCUGCCCACAGAUGCCUGUAUUUGGUGAAGAUGCCUGUCGGCACAGCUGGGUUUAUUCAUUCAUGUAUCAGUUAUACUGAGCUUUUUCCUUUUUUUUUUUUUUUUUUCAUUGUGUGGUGAGGUGUGUUGGGAGUGGGGGGGCUUCUUAUUGUCCUUGUGAAUUGUAGUGUCGAGCUGUUGUAUAUUAGAGAUUAAUUAUUUAUCGUUAACUUGAAAUUCUCGUGUGCAUA